AGUCGCAGUUUCUCCCAUCUUCUUCUUCUUCACCCUUCUAUAACAACAGAAUAAAAAGAGGGGGAAACAGAGAAAUUCAAAUUAAUCUGUUUCGUUUUUUUCCCUGAUUUGAUUUUGAUCCCCUCUCUCUAACUUUUCUUCUUCCAUUAAAAUCCAUGGCUUCCAGAGUAGUUCUUCCUCAAAAUGUUGAAGGUAAUAAUAAUGGCGGAAUCAAGCAAAAGAACGCAGCAGAAGGACAGGGCAGAAACAGAAAAGCUUUGAAUGAUAUUGGUAAUCUUGUUACAAUUCGAGAUGUUGAAGGCAAACUACAAAGACCCAUUACAAGGAGUUUUGGGGCCAAAUUACUUGCUAAUGCACAGGCUGGUGGAGAUAACAAGAUCAAGAAGGCUGCCCCAGGAGUGGCAGGAAAGGCAGUGGUGGUGCCGGUGGUGCCAAAGCCACCGACUAAGAGGGCGGUCCCGACUACGAAACCGAAAUCAGUGGAAGUGAUUGAGAUAAGCCCUGAUACAGAAGAUAAGAAACAGGAGAAACCAGAGAAAUUGGUGACUCAGAAUGAAAGAUCAGUUGGUUAUAAGAAGAAGAAGAAGGUUCCUAGUAUGACUGCUCUACUUACUGCUAGGAGCAAGGCUGCUUGUGGUCUGACUAACAAGCCAAAGGAACAAGUAGUUGACAUUGAUGCAUCUGAUGUUGAUAAUGAGUUAGCUGUGGUUGAAUAUGUUGAAGAUAUCUACACUUUCUAUAAGAUAGCAGAGAAUGAGAGUCGGCCUUGUGACUACAUGAAUUCGCAACCCGAAAUCAACGAAAAAAUGAGGGCUAUCUUAGUUGAUUGGUUGAUUGAAGUGCACAACAGAUUUGAGCUUAUGCCUGAGACCCUUUAUCUGACCAUUAACUUGGUUGAUCGGUUUCUUUCGUCGAAAUCUGUCCCAAGGAGAGAAUUGCAGCUUCUGGGUAUUGGUGCUAUGUUGAUUGCCUGCAAGUAUGAGGAAAUCUGGGCUCCUGAGGUUAAUGACUUUGUGAGCAUAUCAGAAAGGGCAUACAGCAAUGAACAAAUUCUGAAAAUGGAGAAGGCCAUACUAGGCCAGCUAGAGUGGUACAUAACUGUUCCUACCCCAUAUGUUUUCCUUUCGCGAUACAUCAAGGCCUCGAUUCCUGAUGGUGAAAUGGAGAACUUGGUCUACUUCCUAUCUGAGCUUGCUCUGAUGCACUAUGGCUCCAUCUCCUUUUGCCCAUCCAUGGUUGCUGCCUCGGCUGUCUAUGUUGCUCGGCUUACCUUGUUCAAGGCACCUGGUUGGACCGAGACCCUCAGAACUCACACCGGGUUUUCAGAGUCACAACUCAUGGAUUGUGCAAAGAUGCUGGCAAACCUGCACUCAGUAGCCCCAGGACACAAACUGCAGACUGUGUACAAGAAAUACUCAAAGCCUGAGAAAUGUGCUGUGGCUAUGUGCUCACCACCCAUGUCUCUCUUGGUUCUGUCCUCAUCAUAGCUUGGUGAUGAUCGGUUAUGAUUCUUUAGAUUAACUUUUGUCAUUGCUGAUGACAGCAUAGAAAACUUAUCUAGUGUGAUUUCUCUCUUAUGUUGAUGAAAAUUAUACAACUCAUCAAUAUACGGAGUAUAAUGUAUUGUCUAAUAGUUGAGCAGUUUUUGAUCACCUUAAUUUUUGGAGUUUGCUCUCAAUGGUAAAAGUUAUAAAAAAAAUUAGACAAAUUAAACAUGAUGUAACAACAGCUUAAUUACAAUCUGGUUUCAAUAUUAAAAAAAAGUUAGGCAAAUUAGAAUCAUGGAGCAUUUUGC